CCCCUACUUAUUUUGAGGUCACUUGAUUAAAGGUCAAGGUCACAGGAGCCUGAACAGUGACUUGAGAACCACUAGGCCAAGAGUGUUGAAAUUUAGCGGGAUGACUGGACAUGCCAAGUAGAUGAUCCCUAUUGCAGCCAACCAUCAGUGUCUCUUUGACUUUCGCUCCUGACCCCUAUUAACUUCUUGCCUAUAGGACUUUGCAUUGGGGGAGACAUGCGCUUUUUUACAAAAGCAUUUUCUAGUUUAUUUCAAAUUCUACUUACUGUCAUGUUGAAUGUUGACGCAGUUUAUUUCAAAAUUCUACUGUCAUUUUGAAUCUCAAAACAGUUCAUGGCCAUAUUGUAUAUGUGGAGCAGAGGAUGUGAUUGACAUUCGAAAAAAAGAAGAUGAUGAUGAAAUUGAAGAAAGAAAACGGUCAAGAAAGAUUAUUCUGGGGCUUUUUGUUUUGCUGGUGUUCCUCUACUAUAUUGUACCACACUUGUUUGGUGUUGGUUCCAAGAAGAGGACGUCAUUAGUAGGAAGUGUAUGCCUGAAUGAUAAACUGGCUCCCUAUCAACAUCAGUUAGAUUUGCUGGACAAUGUUCUCAACUAUGUACCAGAGAUGCUGAGUCAGAAAAACUACCCUAUGUAUGUUGGGAACGGAUACAUAGCAGCAGCAUUUGACAGCCAGAGUGGAUUGUAUAUUCGACUGAACAGGGCCUUGUCAUUACCUGUACCGUACUAUCCUAUAGUCGGUACAAAUAUAGAAAAUAUCCGAAGAGAGGGUAUGUCAAAGGUGGAUGUUUUACAACUAAGACAGGGCAUUGCCAACAGAUUACAGAUUUUUAAUGCUAGGAAAGGUUGUGUAUCUGUGGAGUCUCAGCUGUAUGCACAUAGGUCACGACCUUCACUGAUGAUACAAGAGAUACGACUACACAAUCCAACAUCUGCUGAUGUCUUUGUCGAUUUCGACCAAGUUCAAGCAUCUGGAUGGAAAGAUGUGCAGCAGUCAACAGUCAGUGAGAAGAAUUACAUCGGAACCAUGGUAACAUACACAAUGUCAUCUGGUUUGGUGAAGAUUGAAGCUAGUACAGAUGAAGAUUUGUAUGUUGGAGUGGUCGUGGCAUCAACUUCUGUCAAAGAUAAACAGGAAGAAAUUCCAAGUGGCAAAUAUUCCAAGCAGACGAUAUACACUGUAGUACAGUACACUAAGGCUGCACCUGUACUGGACAUAAAGAGAAUGAUGGUUGAUCUUGAUGCUAAAUGUAGACAGGAGAUGGCAACUGCCUUACAGAGUGACCCGGAAACGCUGAAGUCAGAACAUACCUCUCUGUGGGAAAAGCUGUGGUUGAGUGGUUUUAGCAUCAGCUACUCAAGAGCAGCCAACAGUCUGAAUGGUGACAAGAUCAACAGUACAAUAUACUACGUUCUGAGUAACGUACCAGCACCCUUACAUGACCCUCAUACUGUCAGAGAGGUGGAGUUAGAACUGAGAAAAACAUUACACUAUCCAGAUAAAUGUUACAGUGGCCACACAUCAUUGCAUUCCAGUACAUUAUGGGUUGACCCGGUGGAUGAAGACAGUAUAGCUAGGAUUGUUACUACAUGGAUUAUCACAUUAGAGAAGCAGGGUUGUCAGCGUAUGAUUGCUGCUGGUGUUGACGGAGUGUUACAAGCUAUGUUGCUCAGUAUUGGUUCCCUGCGUUUUGGUAAUGAACACCUGGAGAUGGGGCUCCAUCCUCAAGAUACACACAGAGACUUUAACUUUCACAGGAUAAACUAUGGAAAUAAUACACAUCUAAAUAUAUCUGUGUUAGUAGGAGAUGAUAAUAAAGCAAACAUUUACGUUUCUUUAGAUCGGAAUGAUAAACCGUAUUAUGCAUGUGAUGCUGGUUGUUUAGAUCCACCUACACAGCUAAGUAAAGAACGUUCCAAGUUUCCAGUGAAGUUGACAGAUCCACUGACAGCUAUAUUGUAUAUAACUGCUGAUAAAGUACAUAUGGAGGAAUAUAAACAUGCUAUACAUGUGAAAGAAAUUGUAGAAGCUCCAGCCCAUGAGCAUCAUGUGAUAGCAUUACAUAAACAUGGACAUCAUUUUGGUGGAUUGCCCACCAUUUUCUGGGUUUCUAUAGCAUUCCUUGUAAUAGUGUUCCAUCUUUUCUUGUUUAAACUCAUAUACAACGAGUACUGCCAGGCUACUGAACGAUUUACAAAAAGUCGCUACAACUUAUAGCAGUGGUAAAUUUGAGCAGUAGUUUGAGUAGUAGAAGGUGUUUACCAGCAUGAUAGUUGACCAGCAUGACUGCUACAGAAACAAAUACGUGGGAACAUUACCCAGUAGCCAGGGAUCUAGUGUGGAAUUUUAAUCUCUCUUGUUCUUUUCACAAAUUUAAAUAGAAGUGUGAAGUGAAGACUAAUGAUUCAAAGUUUCUAGAAGGCAACAGCAGUCAGAUGUCAUAAACUUAAGGGUAGCAUAAGUAGGUGACAUUUGACCUUUUAAGAAAAUAAAUUGUGAAAGUAUUACAUAGGAUUCAGUCUGCAUUACAAUAGAUUGUUUUCUACAAAGUGAAAAUCAUAGGAACUUAUUUCCAAUCAAUAAUACUGUAGUAAUAAACAGGUUCUUGAUGAAAAGAGUCAUAUACAAGAACAAAACAUAAAUUGUUAGUGGCUAAUAUUAGUGCCACAAAGGAGUCAAAUUUCAAAGGAUUUCAUCAUGAAGAUGUUCAAAAUUGGGGUCUCGGUUACCCAGUGGUUCAGGUUGCCGACUUUGAAUCACUUGCCCCUUCCUCCACCGUGCAAAGCUGGAAACUUGCCGUAUGAUCUACAGUUGUGAUGGUGUGGUGUUAAACCAAACAAAAACAAAACUAUUGAUGUUCAAAGUGUAGGGAAACCAGGAUUGGUCAGAUGUCUGUAAGAGUUGUUAUCUGAAUCAAUGGAGAGGAUUCACAUCAUUUUGAAUAUUGUACAUGCGAUCCUUUAAGUUCUGGGAUAUCUUGUAAAGUAAGGGGCAUGAAUUAAACAUGGUUUAUUAUAUGCUUUAGGCAUAUAUUGUGUUAUUUAUGUUAUAUGUUACCGAAUUUCAAAUGACCGCUUUGGCAGAGGUUAUAUACGUAAUAGUGAAGUAGUUGCUUGUGCAAAAAAGGAUAUCUGGAUAGUGUAGCUAUCAGGUAUAAAAUGUUUAAUAAUAGCUAAGAUUCUAAGACAUUUAUAGUGUUGCAAUCUGCCAAAAGAAAAAAAAUCAAACACAAUCAUAAUUGUUGUUAGAUUGUAUAUUUUGACCAUUUUUCUAGUCUCCUUUCUCUUUAUUUUUCAUAUCAUUUCUUCAAUGUCUUUCAUUUGUGUAUUUUUCCAUCAGAAGAAUUUCACUUUUUCAUUCACUUUUUCAUAGAAGUCGGUGGAUGUACUCAGUGACAAUCCUAGAGUAACCUAUGUUGGAAAGGUCAUUUUAAAUUCGGCUAUAGCUGUUGGGCUAUGCAAUUUUACUAUAGUUCUAUAUAGUUUCAAAGAUAAAUCCAUUAUUUCAGAAUGAUCUUCAAAGAGGAUUUCCUUGUCAGUGCUCUUUGCAAUCAUUUAAUUCUGUGAUAUUAUGAGUGAGUUUGUUGUAUACGAGGGUUGAUCCAAAAGUAAUGUUACUUAGGCUAUAAUAAUGUGUACAGUGACAAAAAAAAUGCAUACCCAAGUACAUUCAUAUAUUUGUAGUAUUUUCCAAAAAUAAAAAUACAUUUCAUGCUUAUUGAGAUCUCAACAUCAAUUGAAAGCAUGAUAACGUCUUAUCGCCGCACAUCACUUACGUUAUUGACAAUAGAAAUUGACAUUUUUGUCACUAAGCAUUUAACAAGCUUUUGCACUUCUCAGCUAACUUUAACCUAUACCUAAAGUUUCCUCAGGAGACAGCAGAGAGACGUUACUUGAUGUCGUUAUAAUAUCAUAUGAUUUUGCAUGUUAUUUUGAUAAUGACUGAUGAUUGUCUUCGCUAUUUGCUUUUUCUUUGUACAAAAUAAGUGUCAUUUUCAUGAGCAGUGAAAUGACUUCAGGGGUUUACUUUGAAUUUCUAGGUAUUUAAAAUGAAACAACCCUAGAAAAUAUAUUUACAUGUAUGUAAAUAGGGUUGAAUAAGCAUACAUUUUGAUAUAUAUUUUAUAAUAAUACAAUGAUGAAUAAUUGCGCCAUGGAUGUAGAAACAUUUACUUUUGAAUCAACUCUGGUACUAAUGUUUUAUGUACCAUAUCAAUACUAAUUAUAUGUUGUAUUUAUUUCAUGUUUUUCUGUGGUUUAUUGAAAUAGAACAGAGGUUUAUGGUUGAAAUUUCACUCAUUUGAACAGUGGGAUUAUCAUAGUGUAAAUUUACUGUGUGAGGAAAUAUACUUGAUCACUUAAGAACAUGCAUUAUAAAUAGUCUGAAUUUCCUAUUCAGAUAUGCUUUAUUAAGGAUAUAGAUGUAUAAGAUUAAUUGCAUAAAAUACUUGCAAGCAGUUAGAGAUAUAUGCUCAAAUGUAUUUGAAAUGUCAAAACAAUAUCUUAAUAUCUCAUUAGACUAUUUCAGAUUGCACGUGCAAGGUGUAAAAUUCAGUUUGUACCAUUAAAAAGACAUGAAAUAAAAAGAAAAUUUGUUUUGAUUUUAAGAUCAAAAUAUUUUCCAUUCUUGACAAGCAGAUUUGUGCUACUCGUGAAGAUACUGCUCCAGCUGUUCACCUUGUUAAAGAUAUUUUGAUCUUACGUUUGAACAUACAAAUAUCCCCUGUGUCAAACACUGUUUACGCAUGAAAAAGAGACAAAAAGAGGAAAUGAUGUGCACUGUUUCAUUCAUAUUUUACAUGUAUUUCAACAAAUUAUUGGAACAUUAGAGUGAAAUAUAUAUGGUAUUUUCACAGUGUAAUGUACUAGAUAUAUUUGUUACUGUUAAGACACUAUGAAAUGGGUGUAAUUGAGCUAAAACAUGAAAUAAAAACGAAAUAUUGUUUGGUUUACAUGUAAGAUCAGAAUAUCUAUCACUCUUGAAUUGCACAAGGUGUUUACAUGGUGAAAGGCAUUUUGAUCUUUCACUGAAACAAAUGUCCUUCUAUAUGCAUCAUGUCAAUCAAUUUAUAAACCUUGUAUGAUUGAGUUUACAUUAAUUUCCAGUGCAAACCAUAUUUCUACAACAAAUGUUUAGUUUAAAAAGUUUCAUUUCCUAGUUACUAUUAAAGAAUUUUUUUUUUAAAUGGGGGCCUCCGUGGCCGAGUGGUUAAGGUCGCUGACUUCAAAUCACUUGCCCCUCAUUGAUGUGGGUUUGAGUCUCACUCGGGGGGUGUUGAAUUCUUCAUGUGAGGAAGCCAUCCAGUUGGCUUACGGAAGGUCGGUUGUUCUACCCAGGUGCCCGCUCUUGAUGAAAUAAUGCUCGGAGGGGCACCUGGGGUCUUCCACCAUCAAAGUCUGGAAAGUCGCCAUAUGACCUAUAAUUGUGUUGGUGCGACGUUAAACCCAACAAAAGAAGAAGGAAAAAAAAAUUAAAGAAAAAAUACUUUGAAUUUAGCUCUUCAGAUUUGCUGAAGUUUUUUUUUUCCAAAAAAAAAAAUAGCUUUCAUCUGAAAGUUGUUCAAUUUUAAUCAUUUGCAAAUGUUUCUUAAAUUGCACAGUAGUGUGAUUAGCAUUUUGUGAGGCUAUUCAUUAAAACGUAAUGUUUACAUACAAAUUACUUGUAUUGUCAAACAGGUUUGGUUGUCUUUUAAAUAAUAUAUGUUGGAUGCAAUGAUUUCUGUUAUAAAUGCUCUUUGAAAAAUACUUCCAAAGAAAGAAAAAAAAAAGGGCUAACUCCUCAUCUAGUAGUUGUGGGUUUGAAUCCUGUUAGGAUCAGAAUUUAGAUGCACAGAACUGAUAAAAAAAUCCUGAAAGCUCUCAUCUAGCAUAUACUUUCCAGUACAGUCAUCAAACUGGAAAAUUGACAGUAGUUCAUUAUAGAGUAACAAAUAUAGUAUAAGCUCUUGUUUCUGAAUUUUCUGUUUUCUUGUUUAUCUGACUUUCGUUUUGUUGUUGCCAUUUCUGAAUGAGUACAUACAAUGGUUGAAUUAAUGAUGCAAACUUACUAAGUCAUAAAUUGUGCCAUACCACGAAUAGAAUACAUUGAUUAAAGAAUUGUACGGUACUAAUAAGUUAUCACGUUCCCUCUGCAUUUUAUUGAUUUCAUUUAUUUACAGUUUUAACCACUUACUUCAGUUGCAGAUAUGAAAUGUGUACUAGGUAGAUUAAUAAUAUUUUGUUUAUGGAAUACUUUUGUUUUUGUGUUGGUUUUAAUACCAUUUAAUAUUAUAUUUUAGGAAACUUUUUAUGAAAUUAAACCCUUGUCUUGUUUGUUAAAGCAACAGUUUCUCAGCAUUGUAUGCUGCAUAGUGCUACAGAAUACCAACUCAGUGAUUGUUACAGAAAGCACAGAUGGGUUAGCUCAAUCAAUAUAGGUCUCAGAGUAUAGUAAGUGGAUGGGAUAUGAUGAUGCAUAUAUUGAUAGAGCUUCAAGCACCUGUGCUGGAAGGACCCAUACAUAGCAACCAUCUCAGACAGAGUACACUUGCUUAUUGGGCCUUUUGUUUUAAGUUUUAAUGUUUUCAGUAAAUCAUGGGUAGGGGGAUCAAGUGAAUUCAUUUUAAAAAUCCAUGCACACUAUAGACACAAACAGUUGAUAUACAGUUACUAUGCAGUUGAUUUUAUUUUUCCCCAUUCUAUAUAUUGAUGUUGUGUUGUUCUAUCAGAUCUACUGAAGCUUUUUUACUUUACUGUAAAAUCAUUUAAUUUGGUUUGCCAUAAAUUUUGAGGUUUUGGCAUGAGUCUGUCAGAAAUUAGAAUAAAUUCACAGUAAAAUGGAGGGGUAUCACAUUCCAUGUGUUUAAGUUUGUUUGUACCUAGUUAGAAUCUCACUGUUGCUGAUUGAUAUUUUAGAAUGUGUGUGUAAUUAUGUUUAUGAAAAUGUUCAUAGAAAAGUGUCAUGACUUUUUCAAUUUUGCACAACUUGAAUCAGAUGUUAAUCACCAACCAUAAUGUUGUUAUAAAUAAUGUAUUUGAAUGCAGUAGUCAUUUGCAGAAUUCCAUUUUGUUACUUUUUCAGUAAUUUGUAAUUAUUUUGUAAAAAGAUAAAUUGAUACUGUUAUAUUCAGCUGAAUUUAUAUACGAUAAUUAUUAACUCUUCAUCUGUAGCAUUAAAAUGAUAAAUAUAAUAACAUCCAGAUUAAAAAUCACAGAUUUUGUGUUGUUACCAGUUUCUGAAUUUGAUAUUUGAGUAAAAGACCUUUCUAACGUAAACGUAAAUGGGAAACGGAAUACUGAAUUUGUAAAUAUUAUUUUCAAAUAAUGGUCUAAGGGAGAUACUAUUGCAUUACUAUUGGAUGAAAUUGUCUCCCCUAGACCACAAAUUAGCCUAAAAUUUUACAAAUUCAGUAUUCCGUUUCGUAAUUAUGUUUACGUUAGAAAGGUCUAAUACAAAUGUUUAACUUAUUAAGUGCAUUUUGCAUAUCAAGUUUUGCUGGGUUUUUUUUUUCAAAGAUACCAAAAUUAAUGAUACGUAUUUCACAUAUUAGUACAUAUAUGCUGGAGCACUGUCUCCAGGACGUCGUAUAUGAGACUCUUGUAAAUUUAUUAUUUUGUGUGUGUAUGAAUGUUAUUGGGGAUAAUGAGCAGUUAGAUUUGCAUGGAACUUGAAGAGUCCUUGAAUUUGAUGUUAGUCCUUGAAAUCUCCUUGGAAAUAACUAAAACCUUAAGCACUAGAAUUUUAAAAGAAAAACAAACAACACUGCUUGAAUUUCACCAGAAAUUCCUUGAAAAAUUGUUUUGUUAACAGUUAACUUUACACAGAGAUUAAAGUUUAAAAAGAAAUAGAAAAACUGAACAAAAUUUGAAAUGAAUUGUGAUAUUUGGUUUCUUGUUGACACUGGUAUGUACCAGUUGUUGUCUUAAGUAGUGUUCUAAAACAGUAUUUUAUUGUGCAUACCUCAUGUUUUUAUUUCGAUGUAAAUGAGAUGUGGAACCAAAAUUUGCAGUCCUGUUUGGCGCCAUAUAACCUAUACUGUGUUGGUGCGCCAUAAAACCCAAAUAAAUAAAUAAAUUUAUUGUGCAGUUUCUACUAUAACAAAAGUACUUGAAAAAGUUUAUAAAAGGUUAUUAAGACUUAAAUUUCAAAAUGUGGUUUCUAGGAAAAUAGUCCUUAAAAAAGGAGUACUUGAAUUUUAUCCAAGAUGUUCUGUGUGAACCUAGAAGAUUAUAUGAAAUGUGCUUGUUUGUGUGAAACCAAUUUAACAAGAAGAGUUUGAUUGAAGUCCAUUUAAAAAUACGGUAGUGUUUCUCUGUUUAAAGGGGCAUGCUUCUAGAUUUUCCCAAAUUUUAAAAUUGCUCUUAUUACAUAGUUACUGUGAAAGAAAAAAGUCAAAAUGAAAAUGGUUGAGAUCUGUAAGGGUUAGUCAGGCUGCAGGGAAUAUCAUGUAAAAUAGCAGAAAUUUACCUGUAUUUUAUAUUUUAUAUGUAUUCAUAAAUUAAAAUAUUAGCUUAAUUAAUAAUAUUGAUUUAGAACUUCUAAUAUUCAAUAUAUAUUACUAACAGCAGUAAUAAAUAUUUGAAAAAUAGUCACCUGGAAGUGUGUACUUUUAUAGAUACAUUACUUUUUUAAAAUCUUAAUCCGACAUUGAAAACUAAAUGAAACAGAGGAUAUGUUUUUUUUUACUUUUUGCUAUUAAUAAAUGGUUUCUUGACCCGAAAACACAACAACAAUUCUUAUAAGACAAGGUCCUUUUUGACACCACAACUCACAACUGAUGUACAGUCUAACUAAAUAUUUAAAGAAGAUGCUUGAUGAAGAUUUAAAUGGGUUUUAUAUACAGGUGAGCUUAUUACACAAGUUAAAAUGUAUUACAGGUAUUUGAAUUGGAAAAGAAACUUACAUUCUACAGCCCCAAGUUGCCGAGCAUUCACAGAUGGUUUUAAGUAUAUAUUUUACAGUAUUUACAAUGUUGUACAGAGUGUACUUGGUAAAUUAAAGGAUUGUUUUAUUGUUUUAAGUUACAAAUGUAUGAAAGAAUUGUGCUAACUCUUGUUGAUAUAUUUGUACCAAGGUUCCAUGUACAUAUGGAGGUUUUAAAUUAUUGUUAAUCGAAAACAAUAAAUAUUGCAAACCAA